AUGGUUGUAUUCAAUACCAGUCCGCUCGACGACACCGACCUUGUCAAUUGGAACAUGCUCGGCUUCAGGACAAUAUGUGGACGUCUCCAGCCUAGGCUAUGGCAAUUGUCGCCUUUGCGCGCAGUCCACACAGCAUCGGAUCCCACGGUCUCUCCAGCUCUGUUGACCAGAGCUCGCCUACUCGCCGCUGAACACACCAAACUCUCAGAUCGACUAGGGGAAUCAUUUGAUUCCAAAAUCGCAAAGAGAGCGGGGGAAUUGGCGCCAAUCGCCGAUGUUUUGAAGGAAUGGGUCACCGCCAAUGAGUCAAUCAGCGAGCUCAAGUCCCUACUCGAAGACCCUGACACCGACGCCGAGCUACGGUCUCUGGCGAUCGAGGACCUCGAAAGCAGUCAUGGUACCUUACCAGCAAUCUCGGACCGACUUAAGAAGUCGCUGAUUCCCCGACACCCAUUUGCGAACAUGCCUUGUCUGCUUGAAAUUAGACCUGGUGCAGGUGGAGAUGAAGCUGGCCUGUUUGCCUCCGAGAUGCUUCGGAUGUAUAUGGCAUUAUGUUCCCGCAGAGGGCUCCGACCAACCAUUCUGAAGCAGGACACCGAAGUUGGCGCAUCAGAUGACCGUCUUACCGAAGCAGUGCUCGAAGUUGAAGCAGACGGGGCGUAUGAUAUCCUGCGAACCGAAUCCGGAGUCCAUCGCGUGCAGAGAGUCCCCGCAACCGAGACCAAGGGCCGCACCCAUACCAGCGCUGUCAGCGUGAUGGUCCUGCCGAGCUUUUCGGAGACUGCCAGUGAGAUGGACAAUGCCUUGAACUUCGAAGACCCGUCUAGUGAUUAUUACAUCGAUCCUCAAGAGGUGAGGGUAGAAAAAAUGAGGGCUGGAGGUGCUGGCGGGCAACACGUGAACAAAACGGAGUCCGCUAUCCGACUGACGCAUAUCCCUACAAACACGGUUGUUUCCAUGCAGGACGAGCGGUCUCAGCAGGCCAAUCGUAGAAAAGCGUGGCAGAUUCUGCGAGCAAAGAUCGCCGAAGCCCGCCAAGAAGCCAGAGAACAGGAGCUCGUGCAGCUUAGACGAGGUAUUCUCGGUGGUGUUGCCAAAAUGGGCCGGGGUGACAAGAUCCGGACCUAUAAUUUUGGCCAAAGUCGCUGCACCGACCAUCGCACCGGCGUUACCAUCCACAACCUGGACAGUGUGAUGGACGGGGGUGAUGGGCUGGACACUGUGAUGGAGAGCGUGCGAGUCUGGAUGGAUAACAGCGAAGUUGAAGCCAUGAUCGCCGAGGAUAUGGCAAAACAAACCGAUGUAAAAUAG